GUGUAGUCCCACGCGCGACCUGACCUGACCGCGGACCCCCCCCCCUCGAGUCCACCACGUCCCGACGAGCGUGUCCCCGAGGAAGAAACCGUUGUCUCUUUGUUCGAAUCGAUAUUUCGCAACGCGAAAGUCGCGAAACCGAGUUACCGAGUACACGCUCGUACGCCCCAGUGGGCAAGCGGCGGUGACGGUGACCACGCGCGCCAUUAGAUUAGAUUCGAGAUUCGAGAUUCGAGGUUUUGAUUUCCAAACGGCUGGAUGUUUACGCGCGCGACUCCGACAACGCCGAGGUCGUUCGGACUGUUUGGAGUGUAAAAGAUUCUUCGCGGGGGACUGCGGGGAGUGUCACCACUGUCACCUUGCCGCGCGCAAAAGUUACGGGGAAACGACGAACGACGCGGGACAGGGGAGAUUUAGAACGGCCGUGAGAGAUGCGUGCGUGUGUGCGGCGUACGCGUGCUACAUACGUGUAGUGUAUUUCACUUUUACGUUAUUUUUAAACCGACGAUGUACAAAACACACGAACAAAGCCGUGUAAACUCAGUCUCUGGUCACGCCGAAGGACCCGACACUCUCGGGAUGUGUUCCCGCCGCGGUUUGUAGUGUACAGUGACCUGUCGUCGUUGUGAUCAAGUUACCAGUAGUUUGUGGAGGGAAGGAUGUCACUAAAACCCAAGAGAGUGGAUUUUAAUCAAACGUGGCACGUCCUACAAGAGACUAUCAAGGGGGUGAUAACGCUGGCAAAUAUCCCGCGUGCUAUAUGGAACGACAGAUUUAGCGACGUUUAUUCCUUGUGCGUUGCGUAUCCCGAGCCGCUGGCAGACCGUUUGUACGACGAGACAAAGAGGUUUUUGGUCAACCAUGUAGACCACUUGCUGGUACAGGUCACGUCGUGGGAUGACAAGUGGGAUUUGCUCCCGGCGUAUUAUCGUGCAUGGACAGAGUACUCGCAGGGCAUUUACUAUUUGCAUAGCUUGUACUUAUACCUCAAUCAACAACACAUCAAGAAGCAAAAGCUCUCCGAGGCAGAACUCAUCUAUGGCACGAGUUUGCACACGAGGGAGGAAGAGUGCCAGGAGCAGAUGGAGAUUGGCGAACUCGGUUUGGACAUUUGGAAGAAAAAGAUGAUAAUACCGCUCAAGGAAAAACUCGUCUCCCUUCUGCUCGCGUGUAUCGACGCCGAUAGAGCGUCGAACGUGCUUGCACCGACCGACGUUAUUUGUGGUGUUAUAGAAAGUUUUGUUCGGGUAGAAGAGCACAAGAUGAAGGGAAAAUUAAACUUGUAUCAAGAAAUUUUUGAAGAGCCUUUUCUAGAGGCUAGUGGAGAAUUUUACACAGCAGAAGCGUCAUCGUUGCUGCAACAGUCGGACGUUACGCGUUAUAUAGAGAAAGUUACAUGGAGACUCGCUCAAGAGGAGGCACGCGCUUACAAGUUCCUUCACAAGAGUUCUGUAGCAAAAGUCAGAGCGUGUUGCGAGGAUAAGAUGGUAGCUGCACAUGUGGAUUUGCUUCAUUCGGAGGCGGAGAUGAUGAUAAAAAAUGAAAGCCGACGAGAUUUGGCUCUUCUUUAUCCAUUAUUGAGGUCGUUACCAGGAGGUUUAGAUCCGCUUGUGCAACAUCUCACUCGUCACAUUACGCUGCAAGGAUUGCAGGCAAUCGGACCUUUGCAAGGAGAAAAUGUAUACAUGCAAUUCGUGGAGAAUAUGUUAAAUGUACAUUCUAAAUAUUCUGAAAUGAUUAAGGAAGUGUUCAAUUCAGAUCAAACUUUUGUGGGUGCUCUCGAUAAAGCUUGCUCCGCCAUCGUAAAUUACAGGCCCGCUCCGAAGCAGCCUGUCCGAGCGCCAGAAUUGCUGGCGAAAUAUUGCGACACUCUACUGAAAAAGUCCCCCAGAGCUGCCUCCGAAAGCGAAAUCGAGGACAAGUUGAGGCGCUCCAUAACCGUGUUCAAGUACGUGGACGACAAGGACGUGUUCCAAAAAUUCUAUUCGCGUAUGUUGGCGAAGCGAUUGAUACAUCAGCAGUCGCAAUCGAUGGAUGCCGAGGAAAUGAUGAUCGACGAUCUGAAACGGGCGUGCGGUUACGAGUUCACGAACAAGCUUCAUCGUAUGUUCACGGACAUGUCCGUCUCGGCGGAUCUCAACGCCAAGUUCACGGCGACGUUGCGGGAGGGCGACGGUGAGAAUCACGUGGGUACCGGUUUCGCGGUUAAAGUAUUGCAAGCUGGCGCGUGGCCGCUCGGUCUACCACCGUCGCCCGGCCCAUUCCACGUUCCGCAGCAACUGGAAAAGUCCAUCCAGGCUUUCGAGGCGUUCUAUCACAUGCAAUUUAGUGGUCGAAAGCUUACGUGGCUGCACCACCUGAGUCAGGGCGAACUCAAGUUCAAUUACUUGAAGAAACCGUAUUUGGUCACCGUACAAACGUAUCAAAUGGCGUUGCUGUUGCUCUUUGAGCAUUGCGACACGAUACCGUGCAAGGAAGCGGCCGCUUCGUUACGUUUAUCGCACGACCAGUUAGUGAAGCAUGCCGCCAGCCUUGUGGAUUGUAAGAUUCUCAACAAGUCCAACGACGGCGAAGUGGAGGAGGAUACCAUCCUCACGCUCAAUUUUAGUUACUCCAACAAGAGAACCAAGUUUCGCAUAACGGGCGUGUUGCAGCGAGAUGCGCCGCAGGAUGCGGAGGCCACACACCGUAGCGUGGACGAAGACAGAAAGAUGUUCUUACAAGCAGCUAUAGUUCGCAUCAUGAAGAGUCGCAAACUAUUGAGACAUAAUCAACUCAUACAGGAGGUGCUGAGUCAAUCGAAGGUUACUUUCGCACCUUCUAUCGGAAUGAUCAAGAAGUGCAUUGAAACUCUGAUAGAUAAACAGUAUAUCGAGCGUACGGCGAAUAGCGCGGACGAGUACUCAUACAUUGCGUAACCUUUUAACGUCUGUCACUAAUUUAUUUCACUCGAGAUGCGUCCCAAACGGCAUUGUGCUGAGUUCUGAUCGGCGAGGCUACGCGACUAAUCAUCUUCAACGAUCAUUGAAAUCUUCGAGGAUACGUAGUCGUCAAAAUAAAGAACACCAGUGAAAGAAAGGAAAUGAGCUCCCAAUGACAUUUAAAAGAUCGGGAAAAGCAUCUUAGACCGCUUAUUCGCUCCUAGGAUCAAUCAAUUAAUAAAUACUUUAAUUAAUUUACUGACUUGUAACAUAUGCACACUGAAUAAAGUUGACGUUACUAUUUUA